AUGGACUACCCUUCUUCCUAUCUUCAAAGCCCAGUCUUUGAUGGCCCGGCCUACCAAGAUGGCCCUUGGCCUGUCCCAACAAGUGCGAGCAUGCAGAGGAGCAGCUCGCAGUCGACAGCCAACACAAACCUCACUUACGCCUCCAGCCAGUACUCGACCGAGUUAUCGUCACUCGGUUCGCCAAUAGUCGAGCACAAGGUGUACAGCGAGGGCUGGUCCUCAUAUCCUCCUCAGCCACAAGACUCGGGUCCACUUGUCGCCAAUGCUGGUGGUCAUUUGCACGAAGAUAAUGUCCCAGCACCAUCAGACAUGCAAAUGCUCGCCCCGCCCUACCUGCCAUCAGAACCCUACCCUGUUGCCAACUAUUACGACUACGACACCACUGAUCCCUACGACCUUGCGUAUGCCGGCGUCCCGUUUGACCCAGACAACUAUGGUCAACAACAGCUGCCCGCUCAGUCCGUCCAAGAUGUCGACACAUCAUAUUCAGUCUCCACCGUCUCGGAAAAGCAAACCUACCCUUGCCUCUCACCUGGCUGCAGCCAGAAAGCCUUCUCCCGCUCGGCCGACCUUGACCGGCACUACAAACAGGUUCACAUAGACGAGGAUCAAAGGAUCAAGUAUCACUGCGACUACAAGAAGUGUCCCCGACACGAGGCGCCUUUUGGCAGGCAGGACCACUUCCGAGACCACCUCCGGGAUUUCCACAAGGAGGAUCUCCUGCGGAGGAGCAAAAAGGAGGGUAGGGAAUGGUGGGAAUCUAGGGCGCCUCGCGCGGUGUUCAACGGGUGGUGGAGAUGCAACAAGUGCCUGGUGGUGAGAGUGGACGUUGAGACGGAGGGGUAUACCUGUCCUGCGUGUGGGAGCUCGUGCGAGAGCGACAGGAUGAGGGUGAGGGAGGCUGCUGCCGGGAGAGGGUAGUGUGGUGGGUGAUGAUUAGGAGGAGAGGGCUCGGUCCUGUUGAUGGCCGAUAGUCUCUGAUGUUUUCCCUCCCUCUUAUACGACUGGGCCGCAUUAUUGUCUGGGCCGGGGAGGUUGGUUGCUUUUUAUGGUGUCUUGUUUCUUUUGCAUUAUUUGCGGGUGGCUUCUGCGACACAUUCUUUUCGUGACGACCGGAGCACGGAGUUGGGGAGCUUUUUGUUUUGUUCUGUUCUGUUUUUCUGUUCAUUCUUUUUCCUAUAUCGAUGACGGCCAUGAUGAUGAUCAGCGGCAAGAGGCCAGCCGUUCGUUACCUUCCUUUUCGGGAUGUGGGGUCUUUUUUUUUUUUUUUUUUUUUUUUUUUGGCGUUUUCAAGGGCGUCCUUGUUUUUACACGGAUCAUCGUCAGAGAUGGCCGCCACUGGUCUCUUUCAGGCUGAAUUGUCAAGGUGGACAAUGAGGAUCCUGAGGGUUUGGAGACAAGGAGGCGAUGAGCGGCUUCCAGCUCGAGUGAGGAGGCUCACAGGGAGAGAGCCUUUUCUACACGUUUUCAACCACGAGGAGAGACGCACAUGUUGCUGUCCCCUAUUGGUGGCCUCACGGCCGUUUCAGCCCAUCUGCAAAGCAGUUGUUUUUGCAGAUGGGCUGUGUACAUUGUAUUUUGUACCAACGUUUGUACGUUAUGGGUAACCAUACAUGGGGAGUUUAAAGAGGAUAGAUCGAGAUCUGGCAUUGGGAUUGGAUGAAAUGGCAUGACAUGUGUGGUGGUCGAUUUUGGGGUUGAGGAAGAUAAGUACUUCCCCGUUGUUUGUAUAGGCACAUAUUUGUCGUCUUUCUUUUCGAGACAUGUCGUCGAAAGUGGAUCAUGCCGCUGGCUCUUAUACUGGGCCUGAGCAAGGGGUGCUCUCUUUACCUACCUAGGUAGCCAUUGGGCUUCUGGCCUUUGUUUGGUAGAGAACACAGAAGAGACUUCCUUUGCAAUAAUGCAUUCGAGUUGGAAAUAAGGCUCCGCGCGGC